UAGUUAUGACAUUUAUGAGAAAACCGUGAUUCAUACCACAUUCCUGGUUGAAUUUACACUGCGAACAACUUUUCUUAGUACAAAGAAUGAUUUACUUAGUCAAAUUUCACCGAAUGGUCAACCAUAA